CCUCUGAGACACAGCCGGGAAGGCUGGCAGGCAGGAGGGCUGAGGCGAGCACUGGGGGGCCAUGGAGCUGGCAGCAAAGCCCGUGGUCUAUCAGAAGCUGCUGCCCCAGGAACCAAGCUUGGAGUCGGAGGAGGAAGUGGAGGAGGAGGAGACAUCAGAGGUGCUGAUUCCAAACCCCUGGAGGCACCAGGACUCUUCCAGGAACAAGGCUGGCGGGCUGCCCGGAACCUGGGCCCGUGUAGUGGCAGCCCUGCUGCUGCUGGCUGUUGGCUGCUCUCUGGCUGUGAGGCAGCUCCAGAAUCAGGGCAGCUCCAUAGGAAGCUUGGGCUCUGUGGCCCCUCCACCCGGCGGACACUCCCACGGUCCUGGUGUAUACCACCAUGGUGCCAUCAUCAGCCCUGCAGUCACAUGCUCCCACCUAGGCCGAGAGCUGCUUGUUGCCGGGGGCAACGUCGUGGAUGCUGGAGUUGGAGCUGCAUUGUGCCUGGCAGUGGUGCAUCCUCAUGCCACAGGGCUAGGUGCCAUGUUUUGGGGCCUCUUCCACGAUAGCUCCUCAGGCAAUUCCACGGCCCUGACAUCAGGUCCAGCACAGACCCUGGCCCCUGGCCUGGGGCUGCCCACGGCUCUGCCCACCCUGCACCUGCUGCACGCACGCUUCGGCCGCCUGCCCUGGCCACGCCUGCUAGUGGGCCCCACCACGCUGGCUCAGGAGGGCUUCCUGGUGGACACACCCCUGGCAAGGGCUCUGGCGGCUCGGGGCACCGAAGGCCUCUGUCCACUACUUUGCCAUGCUGAUGGGACGCCCCUGGGCGCUGGGGCCCGAGCCACCAACCCACAACUGGCAGCUGUGCUUCGCAGGGCAGCCCUCGCUCCCACCUCAGACCUUGCUGGGGAUGCUCUACUGAGUCCGCUGGCGGGAGACCUGGGGGUGGAGGUGCCCUCGGCUGGGCCCAGGCCCACUUUGGAACCAGCACGGCAGCUACCUGUGCCCCAGGGCAUCCUGUUCACCACCCCCGGUCCCUCAGCUGGCCCAGAACUGCUGGCACUGUUGGAGGCAGCCCUGCGCUCCGGGGCGCCCGUCCCUGCCCCCUGCCCACCAUUCCUGCAGACUGCUGUGAGCCCCGAGAACAGCGCCCUGGCUGCCGUGGACAGCAGCGGCUCUGUGCUGCUUCUCACCUCCUCGCUCAACUGCUCCUUUGGCUCUGCACACCUGUCCCCAAGCACUGGGGUUCUGCUCAGCAACCUGGUGGCCAAGUCUACCAGUAGUGCCUGGGCCUGCCCCCUCAUCCUCCGUGGCAGCCUGGAUGACACAGAAGCUGAUGUGUUGGGGCUUGUGGCUUCAGGGACCCCUGAUGUGGCCAGGGCCAUGACUCACACCAUACUCAGCCAUCUGGCGGCAGGGCCCCCAACCCAGGCCCAGCACCAGCACCAGGGGCAGCAAGAACCAACAGAGCAUCCCAGCACUUGUGGCCAAGGGACCCUGCUCCAGGUGGCAGCCCACACAGAGCACGCCCAUGUCUCCAGCAUCCCCCAUGGCUGCUGCCCCUUCCAGGGGUUCUAACAGGAUGGGGGUGGGUCUGGCAGAAGGCAGAGUUAUCUGAAGCUUGGGGGCAGGAGCAGACACAGCAGCAAUGGAGUGUGCACCCGCAGGGUGUGGUGGCUCACACCUGUAAUCUCAGCACCUUGGGUGGUCAAGGCAGGAAGAUACCUUGAGGCCAGAAGUUUGAAACCAGCCUAGACAACAGAGCAAGAUCUCGUCUGUACGAAAAAUUUAAAAAUUUGCCAGGGGCGGUGGCACAUGCCUGUUGUCCCAGCUGCUUGGGAGGCUGAGGCAGAAGCUCGCUUGAGCUCAGGAGUUCAAGGCUGCAGAGAGCUAGGAUCACACCACUGCACUCCAGCCUGGACAACAGAGUGAGACCCUGUCUUUAAAAUAAUAAUAAUAAUAAUAAUAAUAAUAAUAAUAGCUGGGUGCGGUGGCUCAUGCCUGUAAUCCCAGCACUUUGGGAGGCCAAGGCAGGUGGAUCACCUGAGGCUAGGAGUUCGAGACCAGUUUGGGCAACACGGUGAAACCCUGUCUCUACUAAAAAUACACAAAAUUAGCUGGGCAUGGUGGCAGGCACCUGUAAUCCCAGCUAUUCAGGAGGCUGAGGCAGGAGAAUCACUUGAAUCCGGGAGGUGGAGGUUGCAGUGAGCCAAGAUCGCACCAUUGCAACCCCACCUGGGCAACAAGAGGGAAACCCUGUCGAAAAAAAAAAAAGAGUGUAUAUUUAUUAUGUGCUCACUGCUGGCUCAGGCCCCAACCUCUGGCCUUUUCAGUUACCUAGACUUGAGUUCUGGCAUCCAGAGCUAACACAAUCAUUCUUCAGACCACCCACACUGGAUGGAAUCUCUGGCUGUUUUAUCAGCUAAGAACAUCAGGGUAAUAAGGAAAAAGCAAUAGGGCCUGGGGCUAGCACUGGGUUCAGAUCCAGCUUUCAGGAGGACAGGGGAAAGAGUGCAGAGCCUCUGCCUAGGCCCUGGGCCCCACGAAGCAGGACAGGCAGAGCCCAGGGUACUGUUGGCAUCUCUGUCCUUCCCUUCAGGACACCCCUUACCUAUCUUCCUCAACCAGACUGGGUACAAAAUAAAGAUCAAGUCUCCCGGAAACCAAGCACCAUUCCUGCUUCUUGGUUAAUUUUCCAACAGCUUUUGAAGCAACUGGAGUCAGGGCUUCCCUGAUGGGCAGCACAGGUGACCAACAACCAGAGAGGGGAGAGCCUGGGUUGAUAUCUUUCAGCUUCCCCCUGCUCCGCUCACCUCCUGCCUCCUGGGGCACCAGAUGUGCAAGUUGAAUGUUUUCAUUUCACUUUCUAGAACAGAUAACAAAGCAGGGAAGUAGUUGAGAGGGUGAGAAGGCGCCCCAGGGGCUUGGGUACAAAAGGGUUGGAGUUGAGCGUGUGGAAAUUCAAGGUGAAGGUUAGCCCUGACCUCCCCGAAGGGUUAGGUCCUCUCUGGACCACAGCGCUCUAUAAACAGCUUCUCAAACCAAGAAGCGAGGGUGACCAGUAGCAGUUCCCCUCCCCUGCCAUUGUAAAAGGCUUCUCUGAUUUAAUAGACCGUUUGAUCCCACCACCUCUACCUCCCACUCCCAAGAAAAUUCUUCUCCGUAAUGGCACCACAAUGUACCCGGUUAUUUUAGUCCCAAACCUGGCAUCCCCCUCAUUUCCUCUCCCCCGACAUCCAACUCCAUCACCCACACCACCUGCUCCACAUCAGCCCAAAUCUGACCUGUUCUCAUUUUCCCUGGGUCCAGUCCACCACUGUCUCUAAAUGGUCUUCCCGUGCUUCCACCUGCGCAGACCUACAGUCCAUUCCCCACACAGCAGCCAGCAUCAUCUUGUUAAAAUGUAAAUCGGAUCCAGGCCUGCCCCUGCAUUAAACUCACCAGUGACUUCCCAUCACCCUCAGAAUGAAAUCCUAGCCCGGGGCCCCAUGCAACCUUGCUUCUCGCCAGCCUCAGCCCCUCCAGCCCUGGGCCUUUGUAGUUGCAAGGCUUGGGAUUUCGUCCCCUUAGAUCCUUGGAGGAGUACGGGGGAGGGGGGCCCUUCUUGUCACUCAGCUCUCAUCCCAAAUGCCACUUCCUCACAGAGGCUUUCUCUGACCAACCUCUCAAAUCAUUAUUGUAGACCCUAUUGAAUAGUAAUUAGCCGUGUUUUUAACGAGUGAUGUAUUCACGUUCCAGCAUCUAAAAGGCUCCUUCUGACCCUUGCAUUCCUAAUUCUCCUCAUAAUUAUGAUCUUUUUGAAUGCAUUUGGCUCCGUGUUCCUCCACGAGAGCAGAGGCUUUGUUUCAACCGCCUAGCACGGCACGCCAGCAGGAGCCCAGUAAUUGUUGAAUGGCUCAAUGUUCUGAGCGCAGGGGCCGCUCUGGGACGAGGCGGAUCGAAGUGCUACACCUCGGUUUGUUUCCGAGAUGGGCCCUUAGAAAUGCCCCCAUGGGGCUCCAAAGGGGCAGAUGCCACAGCCGCCUGGGCAGAGCGGGUGUGAGCAGAAGGCUGGGAAAGACCACGCGCCGCUAGGCGAGGGACUUC